ACUAGAAGCAUGGGACCCAAGAAUACAUUAUGCAAUUUAAGAUGGAAGCAAAAGAAAAAACUUUAUUGGAAUGUGCACUAAUUUGCUUCAACAUAUAUAAUGUUUAACAACACAACAAGGAAAAAAUAAUUAAAAGAUGGUUUGCAGACUCAAGAAGACAGCACUGUAAGUUUACAUGGAAUGUAUGUUGUCUUUACAACCAUAAGAUCAGAAGUACACUUUAAGAAACCCAUCUAAAAUGGAAUACAUGGUAGUUCUACAGUCAGAUGUGGAUGAAUGCAAUACAUGGGACUUUGUAUAUGACACAGAUGAGCGUGCUGUGCCGUGUCAGGUAGCCAAGCCAACGAUGGACAGCAUCAAUUGUUGGGACUCCUCCACCUCCAGAGAGCUGCUCAGGAAGCAGCCACAAUUACUGCUGCAACUGCCCCUGCCACCAAAUCUCUGGACCCCUAAGGAUCUAUGUUUUUUGCAUAUAAUGCACAUCUGAAUUUCCCUCAGCUGAUUUGGAGAGAAAUGCACAUAUUUUAAGUUUCACCCCAGCUUCAGUAUUACAUAAUGUGCAUGCUGUGGUGGAAAUGCCAGUGUCACUGAUUGGCUACUUUCCUUUCUCCACCCUGACUGUGAUUGGUGGAUCCUCCCAUCUUAUCUGUCUCAUCUUGCCCAGACUGUUGCACUUCACAGUUCAACUGCUGAGCACUGACCACAGAGGGAUCAGAGGUUGCUUGCGGAUCAGGACUUGGCCAGUGAGAUGGGGCAAUAUUACCCUUGUGUGCUUCUAUUCUGUGGGGUAUUUUUACCAAAUAUCCUUGCUUUUCCACAUGUGAACACUUCAAUAGAUUGUGAUUCUAUGUUACCACACUAUGAAGGUGAAGCACAAAAAUCACCACCACCAUACCUCAUUACUACCGCUUUUGAUAGCUAUGACCCAGGAAAUGAAAUUGAAGUGACAUUACAUGGAAAUGAUAAGUCCGGUUUUCAAGGAUUUCUUCUACAGGCUCGGGAAGUUGAUGGAGAUGCUCCUGUUGGCACUUUUAAAAUUACAGAUCUGAACACGCAAGGCCUUAGUUGUAAUAAUGUUUCGAAUUCAGCAGUAAGUCAUAUAAACUCAGAUGUGAAGAACAAAGUUACAACAAUUUGGGUUGCCCCUUCCAAAGCUAAGGAUGUUCGCUUUAGUGCAACUUUUGUAAAAGACCUUGAAAAUUUUUGGACUGGAGUAGAGAGCAAAACUCUUACACCAAGGAAUUCAGAGUCCCAGAAUGUCACAAGAAGAAGUAAGAAGAAGUCCUCAAACACUGUGAUAGUGGCAUGUAAACAGACUGGAGGGACUUACUCAAGCAGUGGUAAAUGUAUUCCGGGCGGAUCCUCUGGCUCCUCUUCAAGUGGUAGCUCAGGCAGCCAGACUAUAUAUAUUUCCUCACAGAGCAGUGGUAGUCAUCCCCAAGGUGGAGUAGUUUAUCCAGUAAGAGGAAGUGGAUGUGGUCCAGGUGGGGCUGCUGGUGUAUAUGGAAUAUAUGGCUGUCGAGGGGAUGGAUCUUCAUUCAACAAUGGCAUUUCCUAUGGUCAGUCUGUCCCUUCAGGCAGCAAAGAAACCUCUGUUAAGAUAACAUCCUAUGCCGCAAGUGGUCCCUAUCCAGCUGAGCGUCAGACCUACCCACAGAGCUUGAGCGGUUCUGGAUACAAAGUCUAUGUCCAAGGUGGACAAAGUUACCAAGGUGGCAGCAUUUCCUAUGGUCAGGGUGGAAGCAGUGGUUCUUAUAAUCCGGUUGGACAAGGAUCCCCCAGUGUCAGCAUUACCUACGGAAAGGGUGGACAGACUUACCCAGGCAGCAGUGGUUCUUAUGGUCAGCAGGGAGGAUCUUCCUCAAGUGGUAGCAGUGGGUGUGGAAAGGGUACUCCAUAUGACAGCAGUUCCUGUUAUGAGAGUCAGUCCACUUCCUCACAGGAUUCUUCUAACCAGAGUGGUUCAUCCUCUUCCCAAGGUAGCAGUGGCUGUCAAAAUGAUGGAAAUUCUGACUCGGACAGUAGCAACCGUUGUCCCCAGGGUGAAUCCUCACAAAACUCUGGUAACCAGGAUUCACAGAGCAAUUCAGGCAGCAGUAGCAGUUCUUGUGGUGAAAGUUCCUCUGGUUGUGGAAACAGCAAGGUUGUUGCUCGCGAUCUAUCCCAUGUUCUGCACAUUAGGAGUCUCAGUGAACAGAAUGAACCUGCUACAUCAAACAGCCGCAAUGAAAAUACUCAGGAUGGAUCAUUUAUUGCACACAGUGACAGUUCCAGGGGCCAAGGAGACUGUGUUUGCCCUGGUGACAGUAGAAGCCCUGUCCAGGAUGGACCUACCCCACAGAGCCCAAACCGGUCUGAUGAUGAGGGUUCAUCUUCCUCAGGAGGCACUCAAUCUGUUGAAAGGAGUUCCUCUUCCUCUGAAGGCAGUCAGUCUGGUGGACAGGGUUCCUCAGGAGGUAGUCAUUCUGCUGGGCAGGCUUCCUCUGUUUCAGGAGACAGUCAGUCCAGUGAUGAGGAAGAAUGUGAGUCCUCUAAAGAGAGUUCACAUGCAUCUCAUACUAUACUCAGAAGUCGCCCCUCAUCAGGGGACUCAUCGUCCUCAGUAGGCAGCCAAAGCAGUGGAAAGGAAGAAUGUGAUUGCUCUAAGCAGAGUUCAGGUUCGUCUUCUGAAGGCAGUCAAUCUGGUGGACAGGAUUCAUCUUCCACAGGAGGCAGCCAAGACAGUGGAGCAAGCGAAUCAUCUGAUCUAGUCAGAAGCCAUAUCUCUAGAGAAAAUUCAUCUUCCUCAGAAGGCAGCCAAGGCAGUGGAGCGGGUUCUUCUUCCUCUGGAGGCAGUUUUUCUAGCGUACAGGGUCUCCCUUCCUCAGGAAGUGGUCAGUCUGGUGGACAGAAUGAAUGUAAUUGCCCCAGCAGUGGUUCAGGUUCAUCCUCAUCAGGAGGCAGCCAAAGCAGUGGAGCGAGUGCAUCUUCCUCGGGAGGCAGCAAAGGCAGUCAAGGGAACUCAUAUUCCUCAGGAAGCAGUCAAAGCAGUAGAGAGGAUUCCUCUAAUUCAGGAGGCAGUUCUUCUGGUGGACAACAAGGUUCUUCUUUGGGAGCCAGUCGUCCUGGUGGACAAAGUCCAUCUUCCUCAGAAAGUACCGGAUCUAGGGGACAGGGCGGAUGUGUUUGCCCAGCUGGGAGUUUAAACAGACAAGCUUCCGGAGGCAGUCAGCCUGGCAAAACUGGUUCAUCAGGGUUCCAAGGAGGCAGCCAGUCUGGUAAACCGGGUUCAUCUAUUACAGGAGGUGGCCCAGUGAGUGCUGCUGGGAAACAGUUUCAUCCUGGACUUCUGAUUCUUUUCAGCAUUUUGAGUGCCUUUACCAUCUCUUCUUCAGUUAUGUCAAAGGCUUAUAUGAAUUUCUGAAGUCAUAUGAUUGGAGUCCUAGAUAUUAUAACAUCUGAAAUAUCAGAUUAUCUUAUGUAUAAAAGGUUUGGCUUGAAUUUUAUGGAUAUGUCAUGUGUCUUUGCUAUAAUGUUAUGUAUAGCUAAAAUGCCAUGCACUUGAUUAGUUUUACCUUCAUUUGAAUCCAUAAUGCACAUCAGUAGUUAAUUUUUCAGUAUUUUUGGCAUCAUUGGAAGAGAGCAUAUUGUGCCCUAGCUGUAUUUUUUUUUAUUAUUAUUAUUUCUUAUCUAGGCAUUUGGUUAAUGCUUCAUUUAAACUUGAUCUAGUCACUAAUACACCCACAUGGGAGAUAUUUAUUAAACCAGAAAAAAAUAUGAAUAAUAAAUUGUCAAAAGUGAAAGCCCGAUGGCUCUUUCUAGUCGUCAUUGCAUAAAAGAGAGCCCACACAGCUUUUGGUAAAAGGCCUCAGUAGGACAAAAUUAGAAACAAAGCACAGCAAUUUUGAAAUGUCAUUAUCUAUUACAGAAAUUAUGCCAGAGUUCAGUGUGAAUUUGGUAAAGCAGAAAUUGUCAUAGCAGUUAAAUUUUGUAUAGUUCCUCUCUGCCAUAAAAUAAGUACGUUGAAGAGAGACGUCCUGAUGCUUAUAAACAGUGGAUGUCAUAUGUUUCAAUCACCUGAAAAUAUCUAUAGUUUUCCAGAGAACCAUAAUAGGGAAUACAGCCCAGAAGAGGAUGAUGACCUAGGGGCUUCUGAAGAACAGACUUUUUCCUUUGGGGAUAAUUCAGAAUGUAGCUUACAAAACUGAUAGCAUCACUAGAUCAUUACCCUUUUGACAAAUAUUUUGCCUAAAUUGUGAUAACUUUAGUAAAUUUAAUUUCCAGAAUGAUGUGGAAAUCCAUAAACUAGUAUUAAUAUAACCAAUCUUUGAUUGUCAAGGACUUGCCUCAGUUUUUUCCUCCGUAAUUUCCUUUGGAACUCUAUUGGAAAGUGUUGCCUUUGAAAGGCCUCUCAGCAGUGCUCAGUGUAUGCACACUAAAAAAAUGCAGAUGACUCCCAGAAAACAAAAACGCUAGCAGUUUAAAAAUGUAGUCUGACCACAUUUUGUUCUCUAACAAUAAGCUCCUUUGGGACAAAUACAGUGUUAUUGCUUGGACAGUGACAACCACAUUGGCCCUUAAACAAUAAUGACACGUUUAAUACUGUUCCUAAUACAUGCAUAGUAUUCUUAUAGUAUGGCAUGUUUUAAGCUAGUGGCAGGUGUUAACAAGGUGCAUCCCUUUCAAACAUUUUUUUAAAUGAAUAUAUGGCCUAUUGAAACUGCAUGUAAAAUUAAAGCUUAAAGCUGCUUACAACUACACAUAGACUACACAAAUAUACUUUGAAGCAGAUACAAUGGAUGAAAUUCUGUUGUCAUUGAAAUCAUCUGAUUUUAACAGGGUCAGGAGUGCAUCCAGUGUUGUCUUCUACGUUCUCUACAACAACAACAACGACUAAUACAAUAAUACUUGCAACAAAUCCUGAGUUCCUUACACAGGAAAAAAAAAGAGUUUUGUCUGAAUAAGAACUUCAAGAUUUGUCUCAUAAUACUGAUCUUAAAACCAUUCAGAUACACAAUAUAAUAUUCUCUAAGACACGGUAUACUCUAGUGUUGUUUGCAUAUAUUGCACCGCUUUAAUAAAUUCGUCACUGAUUUCAUACAAAAAA